GGGUAGGCGUGCGCUCACCGCCGCGGCCGGAGCCGCGCGCACAGCCCUCACUUGUGCUCCCAGGGAGCACCCCCCACGCCGCCGCCCAGGAGAGUAAAGCACGCCGCACGCUCCCCAGAAGGGGUCCAGGAAGACGGCGGCCGGGGGCACGGAGCCGGGUGAGCGCAGUCCGUCCUCCCCGCGCGCACAGCGCCCGCAGAGCGCCGCGGCCAGCCGACCCCGGUUUCCUCUCGCGGGUUCGACGCCAUCGGAGUUGUGACACGAGCGCAGCUCUAGGCCUUGCUUUACCGCGGCGGCGGGGGUCUCGGCCUCGCUCCCCAGUGCACGGGAAGACCGAGAAAAGCCGCCCUCCGCGGCGAGGGGGCGACUGCGGACGAGCCUGGCUUCCGGGCCUGGGGCGGCGCGGCCGGGCGGGCUCGCCAUGCGGUGGCCGCCGUGCCUGCUGCUCGGGCUGCUCGCUCGGGUCUGGGGGCCGUCCGAGGCCCGGCAGAACUUCACCCUCCGCUGCCUGCAGAUCUCGUCCUUCUUCAACAGCAGCUGCUCGCGCACAGACGGCGCGGCCUGGCUCGGGGAUCUGCAGACUCACCGGUGGGACAAUGCCUCCGACGCCAUCCAGUUCCUCAGGCCCUGGGCCCAGGGCACAUUUAGUAACGAGCAGUGGCAGAAGCUGCAGCGCGUGUUUCAAGUGUAUCGGCUUAGCUUCACCAGGGACAUACAGGAAUUAGUCAAAAUGGUUCCUGAAGGACACCUACACUAUCCCAUUGAGCUGCAGGGGUCUGCCGGCUGUGCCUUGUACCCUGGGAAUGCUUCGGAGAGCUUUCUCCAAGUAGCCUAUCAAGGAGAACAUAUCGUGAGUUUCCAGGGAACUUCCUGGCAGAAGGCCCCGGAGGCCCCACCUUGGGUAGAGCUGCCCAUCAAGGUGCUCAACAGGGACCAAGGGACAAAGGAAGAAGUGCAGCGACUCCUGAAUGACACCUGCCCCCAGUUCCUCCGUGGCCUCCUGGAGGCAGGGAAGACAGACCUGGAGAAACAAGAGAAGCCUGUGGCCUGGCUGUCCGAAGGCCUCAGCUCUGCACGCGGCCACCGGCAGGUGGUGUGUCAUGUCUCCGGCUUCUCCCCAAAGCCUCUGUGGGUGAUGUGGAUGCGGGGUGACCAGGAGGAGCAGAACACUCACAGAGGUGACGUCCUGCCCAACGCUGAUGGGACGUGGUACCUCCGGGCAAGCCUGGACGUGGAGGCUGGAGCCGCGGCUGGCCUGGCCUGCUGGGUGAAGCACAGCAGUCUGGGAGGGCAGCCCAUCGUCCUCUACUGGGCAGGUGGCAAGCCGUUAACCGCGGGCCUGGUGACCCUGAUCGCCUUUGUGCUCCUCACAGCUGUGUCCUGUGUGUUCAUCGCCGUCUACCACGCCCGGAAGCGCUGCUUCUAUCAAGACAUCCUGUGACCCUAGCACCUGCCUCUCCCGAAGCUCAGACCCUUCAGCUCUCGGACUUCAGUCCCGUCUGCUCAGGGACCGAGCAGCACAGGGAAGAGCCCUGGAGAAAGGAAGAGCAAGCCAGCAUUCUUAUAAUGUUCAAAGGGUGUUGAUUUAUUUUACAAGUUUCUAAGCUUGGGUGCUUCAGAACAAGCACAGUCGCCGAUGUGUAAUUACAGGAACAAGCUGUGGGCAGUGUUUCGGGGAAUUUGCACUGAACUGGAAAGCCACUUCCCACCCACACAAGUGCAUCGGGGUUUGUUGGCAAGGGUAAAGUCCAACAUGGCUGUUCUUUGUACUUUUCAAGAUAACUAGAAAUAUGGAUUUUUUUUAUGACAAACGGAUUUUUAAAAGUGUUAGAUGCCGACACUUUAAGGGAGUGUCAGAUACCAACCUGCUGGCUAACGGCAGGCCAAGGGCUUCCAGUCUAUGGCUCUUUAAAAAGUGCUUGUCCUAAAUGGCACAGUGACUGUUUCAGAAAAUCGUCUCUAUUGCAAAUUUGCAUUAAUGACUGAAAGGUGUUUUAGCUUUAAAAUAAAAUUAAAAUGUAAGAUGCA